AUGAGUACUGAAGUUGAGGGCCCUAAGACGUUAUAUGACAAGGUGUUCGAGGCUCAUGUCGUUAAUGAAGGUGAAGCUGGCCCACGCUUGCUUUACAUCGACAGGCAUUUGGUGCAUGAGGUGACAUCUCCUCAAGCUUUCCAAGGUUUAGUAAAUGCAGGUAGAAAGGUUAGGAGACCAGACUGCACGUUGUCUACCGUUGACCACAAUAUUCCAACCGAGUCGAGAAAGAACUUCAAGAAUGUUGAGACGUUUAUUAAAGAGGAUGACUCACGGCUACAGGUUCAAACCCUAGAGCAAAACGUUAAGGAUUUCCAAAUUGCAUAUUAUGGAAUUGAGGAUGGACGUCAAGGGAUAGUUCAUAUUAUUGGACCUGAGCAGGGGUUUACCUUGCCCGGUACUACGGUUGUGUGUGGUGACUCGCAUACGUCCACACAUGGAGCCUUUGGAGCGCUUGCCUUCGGUAUAGGGACCUCAGAGGUUGAGCACGUUUUAGCGACCCAAACUGUAUUACAAUCCAAGUCAAAGAAUAUGAGGAUCUUGGUUACAGGAAAAUUGGGUAAAGGUAUAACUUCUAAGGAUUUGAUUUUGCACAUAGUCGGUGUGAUCGGUACAGCCGGUGGUACCGGUUGUGUGAUUGAGUUUGCCGGUCCGGUAAUUGAAGGACUUUCUAUGGAGGCCAGAAUGUCAAUGUGUAACAUGGCCAUUGAAGCCGGUGCUAGAGCUGGUAUGAUUAAGCCUGAUGAGACUACUUUUGCAUACAUUAAAGGAAGACCUCUAGCUCCUACAGGUGAAGAGUGGAAAAAGGCGUUAGCAUACUGGCGUACAUUGCACUCUGACGAAGGUGCAGUGUUUGACUAUGAUAUCACUAUCAAUGCCUCAGAUGUUGAGCCUACUAUUACCUGGGGUACUUCUCCUGAAGAUGCUCUUCCAAUAACAGCUGCUGUGCCUGAUCCAGCUAAAGUGGACGACUUGAACAAGCGUUCAAGUAUCGAGCGCUCCCUUAAGUAUAUGGGUUUAAAGCCAAACACUCCCUUGACUGAAAUUCCAAUUGACAAGGCUUUCAUUGGCUCUUGUACUAAUUCUAGAAUUGAAGAUUUGAGAGCCGCUGCCGAGGUUGUUCUUGGCCAUAAAAAGGCUCCUAAUGUUAAAAGAGCUAUGGUCGUACCAGGAUCGGUUCUUGUCAAAAAGCAGGCAGAGGCUGAAGGAUUGGAUGUGAUAUUCAGAGAUGCAGGUUUUGAAUGGAGAGAACCAGGUUGUUCAAUGUGCUUGGGAAUGAAUCCAGAUGUCUUGGCUCCUGGAGAGCGCUGUGCUUCUACAUCUAAUAGAAACUUUGAAGGUCGUCAAGGUGCUUUGUCGAGGACCCAUUUGAUGUCUCCAGCUAUGGCUGCGGCUGCUGCAAUUGUUGGAAAGUUUGUUGAUAUUCGUAACUUUGAAUUUAAGGGUAGCCACUCACCUGCAAUCUCAGUUCAAAGCGAAAACGUUAAUAGAGAUACUGACGUGGACCAUCAACAGGAAGCUAAUGGGGCUGAUGGUAACUCUAACAACAAGGAACCAACUCCCUCUGCCCCUCAGAAGGCUACUCCAGCAAAGAGCGGCCCUGCUAUGGAUCCAUUUUUAAGGCUCAAUGGUAUAGCCGCCCCAUUGGAUAAAGCAAAUGUUGAUACAGACGCCAUUAUUCCGAAGCAGUUCUUGAAGACAAUUAAACGGACUGGUUUGAAGGCGGGACUAUUCUACGAGUGGCGUUUUACUAUGGGUCCUGAUGGUAAGAAAACGAAAACAGAUUUCGUUUUGAAUCGUGAACCACAUAAUCAAGCUCAGAUCUUGGUAGUUACUGGAGAAAACUUUGGUUGUGGUUCUUCAAGAGAACAUGCACCAUGGGCACUAAAGGACUUUGGUAUAAUGUGUAUCAUAGCUCCUUCUUUUGGAGAUAUUUUCUACAAUAACUGCUUCAAAAAUGGAUUGCUGCCAAUCAAGCUACCAAGGGAGACCAUUGUGGAGAAACUCUACCCUUAUGCAGCAGAUGGAAAAAAUUUGCAAGUUGAUCUACCCUCACAGCAGAUCCUUGGCCCUGAUAACGAAUUGCUUGUCGAGGAAUUUGAUGUUCCACCAUAUAUGAAACAUUGUCUAAUUAAUGGUUUGGAUGAAAUUGGUGUAACUUUGGAAAAGGAAGAAAUGAUUGCCAAAUAUGAAUCUUUAAGAAGAGAAAAAUUCUCGUUCUUCGAACUAGGUUCAAAACUGAAUUCAUCUUUAGACAAUAUGGCAGACUUUAAAGUAACUAAUGCUUCUCAUGACUGGUAA